AUGGCCCAACAACCUCAACCACAGCAGGUGCCAACACCGUCCUCUCCUUCGAUACAAAAUCAAGCGCAGAAUCAACAACAGCAACAGCAGCAACAGCAACAACAACAAGCAGCAGCAGUGGCAGCAGCAGCAGCCGGGUUGUACGGCCCUGGAUUCAUGGAACCUCAAGGUGGUCUAUUAGAUAUGGUGAAACGAAAAUUUCGAGAAGUAGCUGGAUACCGAGGUAUGGAUCCUACAGCGAUGGCCAUGAGUCGAUAUGCUGGUGCCGGUGGUGCCGGUGGUAUGAUGGGCUUAGGCGGUGGCAUGAUGCCCGGUAUGAUGCCACCUCAGAUGGGUAUGCCAUUGAUGAAUCAAUCCAAUCUGGCCAUGAUGGGCAUGGGAGGCGGUAUGGGAGCCGGAAUGGGUGGCCUUGAAGAGCUCAUGCUUCAGCAACAGCAACAGCAACAACCCUAUCAAUUGCAACAAUUACAACAACAACAGCAAAUGCUACAGUUACAACAAUUACCUCCUCAACAGCAACAAGCACUGUUAAUGGCCAUGAUGAUGAUGGGUGGCGGUGCUGGCGGCGCCACAUCCGGAACUGCUGCUGGUAUGAUGAUGAAUGGUGGUCUUGGUGGUACGUCUGGUGGAUUUUAUGGUCAACAACAAAACCCAAUGUAUCAAAGCCUAUUAAUGGGAGGAGGAACUCCAGGUGCUAAUAUGAUGAUGCCAGGCGCCAUGAUGAGUGGCAUGGGCGGUAUGGGUGGUAAUAAUUUCAUACAACAACAGAUGAUGAUGAACAGUAAUCCCUACCAACAACAGCAAAUGAUGGGAUAUGGUGGUGGUGCAAAUGCAAUGUACGGCCAACAGCAACAACCAUUGAUGACAGGAUAUGGCGGAGGUGGUAUGGGCGCCAAUGCCAUGUACAAUGGUGGAGGCUAUGGUGCUUAUGGUGCCGGAGCAGGAGGCUAUGGUGGAGUGGGUGCAGGUGGCGGCUACGGCAAUGGUGGAUACGAUCAAUCAUCGAGCUAUUACUAUGGCAACCCUACAACACCGUAUGCGUCUACUGGUUAUCAACGAGGCGCGAUGGAUCCAUACAGUAGUUACAAUGAUCCAUACGACAGUUAUGCUUCAAAGCGAGGUUAUUUCUAA